AUGACAUGUCAAAGGUGGGGGGUAAUAAGUGGAGGAGAAGAAUGUUUGUCUCUUCCUACAUUGACUGUUCUUAUUCCACUGAUCACUGUAGCAGGACUGUUCUACUCAGCCUCUGUGGAAGAAAACUUCCCACACGGCUGCACUAGCCCAGCCAGUCUUUAUUUUGACAGUCUUCUCCUGCCCAUCACCUUACCAGCGUAUAUGUUCUUCCACCUUUGGACUUGGAUGGUUAUUAAACUUUUCUGGCAUAAUUAA